GGAGAAAUUACCGCAAGUAAGAAAGAACAGUUUUGCAGUAAAAGAACUGAGCUGCAGAACAGGUUCUUCCCGCCAGGGACAUUCGAGUUAAACUAAUGGCAGAACCAGAACCAAGGAGAAUACUCCAUAAUUCGCAAGGGUUACAACAGCACGCCUUAAAUUGCUCAGAUUCCGCAUGUAUCAUUCCGAUGUGCGUAAAUAAGAAACUUUUACAGCUAAAACAUUCUCAGGGAUUUCAAACUGUUAAUGCCUGCAAAGUUUCUCAAACGUUGAAAACCCUAACUAUAGAACCAGCUGGAUCCUGUAUUGAACCCAAGUGCCUAAUACCUUUUCGCAUGGGUGCAAAUGACAACCCUUACAAAGGGGCCCAAACUGACUUGAAUGAUCACCUAGGGGAUGUAAUCAAAGACAAUUUUCCCCUAGAGUUUUCAUUCGAACAGAGAGAUAGUUCUGAGAUAUCAAGACCUCAAGGAGUGAGGAGUAAAGUGACUCAGAGACUGGCAAAAUCAACCCUAGCACCUCCUCCUUACUUAAAAAACGCGAAAGACGCGAUGAAAGUCAACCCAACCGUUCAACCAUUAAACGUAUUGAUUAACCAUUCAAGCUCGGUUCAAACGACCUCUUCGCCUGCACAUCUGGCUCCUCAGUCUUGUCUUGUACAACGUAAAGAUCAAUCCAGUGUAAACGCAGCCAAUGGUAUGACAGGCUUAACGCGUCGUGCUUUAAUGGAGCUUUUUCCAGUAUCCUCAGCAGGCACCUUAACAACACCGCCCAUUGCCACUGGCUCUUCGCCGUACUCACAGGAUACAACAAUAAAUGCUUGGGCUAAAGCGUCAGCUCCGAACAACAGUGUUGGUAACGACGUCCCGUCUCCGUUUACUCUUGGGCAAGGCCAGAAUGCCGCGCUUCUGCAGACAAGCCAAAUCGACAAUGCAGUACAGCGCCAGAGAAUACAUUCAGAGACAAGUCCUCCUUUUCCUCAAGAACCUGGAACUUCCGGUAAUACACCGCAAGAGAGAAAUUUUAACGUAGAUGAUGGAGCUGACAAUGAUACUGGUAAUACCAGAACUCAGAUGAAAGCACGCCUAAUGUAUGCGCUAUACAGUAUUCAACGCCUGCUGAUGCAAACAAAGUCCACGGAGGAACAGCAGAUGUGCAUUCGGUUACUAACAGCCGUUUUACACGAAACCAAAGUAUUUCUGGGGACGCAAGUAUAAAGGCAAGAUGGAGCGGAACCGUUUGUUAUUUAUCGCCUGGGAGGGGAGGGUUGG